CUCUACUCUGCUUUCUGUUCUAAUUAUUUUUUGACGCAAACUGUCCUCUUAGCCUCGAGUUUGGCAGGCUUCUCCGAGAUCUGCAAUCGGGUCAUCCAUUAACAAACGGAUCGAGGUUUGCGUCAUCGUCUCCUCCUCACCUUCCCGGCAAAGGAGAGGAGUGGACUCAUUAAAAGUCUGCGCCAAAAAGUCAAGAUUUUAACUGUUCUGCAGUUCAGCGGGCGAGCACGAAGAAGAGCAAAGACAAUUCCCUCCAGCAGCUGCUGAUACUGAUUUCCGAAAUGCAACGUCUAGACAUUCCAUAAUCCACCGCCGCACCUACUACUCCGACUCAAACCCAAAAAUAUUUUCGGCGCCGCCACUUCCCGCGGCGGUGGAAUCAAUCUACCGCUCCUUAUCCGAACUCUGCUCCACCAGCUCAGACCAGGAGUCCUUCGAGAACUCUCACCAGUUCACCGGAUAUGCCCACCGUCUUUAGCUCAUCGUCAGCCAGCUCCUCCGGUCCUCGCCGUCGCUCUUAGCUUCGGCGGAAACCGGGCUGAAAGGCAUCUCCGGAGAUCUCUCUGAUGCUGCGGAGACGAUUUCGGCCUACAAGAAGAGGAGCAAGAUCGGAGUUCUGGUCAACUGCCAGUUCCUCUGCUCAUCUCUUCUGGAGCAGACGGUUGCCAUUCGGAUCUGGCUGGAGCUGAUUGAGUCAACGCUGCUCGACGACAACAUCAUCGCCGAUCUUUGCAAGAAGACUGCCGAUCUAGCCCGUGACAUGAAGCAAGAGAAAUUCAGAGUAAGUCUCCUUCUGCCCUGGGAAUCAUCUCUUUGUCAUGCUGAGAAUAAUCGAUUUAAAAAGCUCUGUUAUCUGUCAAUUAGUUGUUCAUAAUCCUGUGGAAAUGGCGGUAUGAGUUUAGGUGACGGAAAAUGAAGAGCGAGUCCAUCGCACGUUGGAGAAAGAAGGGCAGGGAAGGGCAACAACGAAGCCAGUGCAGAGUGCAAUUGUCAUGGAUUUAGCGCGAGCUCUAGGGGUUGAUGCAAGCAACCAUCAAGAGCUAUCUGAGCAAGUGAAGCUUUUCAAAGCCGACGUGGUGCGGUUGAAUUCCAUCUCAGAAAGAGUUUCUCUGGAGAAAAUUCUCGACAGCUGGUCGACUGAUGCUGAUCUGGACGCACUGAAAUAGGACUUGGAUUCAGAGGAGGAAGCUAACUUGUCACCUUUCAGGAAUUUUCUGUGUCCCUGACCAAAGAAGUCAUGAAGGAGCCUGUGUUGUUGUUGGAGUCUUCCCAGAACUAUGAGAAGAAAGUCAUUCAGUACUGGUUCACCCAAUGCGUGGAGGAUGGAUGGGAUCCGACCUGUCUGAUUACAGGAGUGGUUUUGAAGACCUUGUAAUUGAAGCCGAAUCUUGGGUUGGCGGAGCAAUCAUGGAGUGGAUCAGUAGGAACGUUGAGAUUCAGGUUAAAGGUGUUGUGGAGAAUAUCAGUAGGGAGCCUGUUGUCGUGGAGUCCAUCGAACGUGCAUUGGACAAUGUUUACUGGAUAUCCGAAGAACAUUCCUCCCAUCGGUAUAAAGUAAGGAAUGCUGGUCUUGUUGUGCUUAUGGUUAAGUUGCUUAGGAAUUCGUCCAAGGAUAUGGGCACACGUCUGAGGAGCAAAGCUCUUAUGGCCUUGUUUAGCAUGGCCAAGGAUGAAGAAAACAAGAACAUAAUGCUCAGAGAAGGUGUCAGUAGACUGGCUAUACCUCAGAGAAAGAGCGAGAAUAUGUUGUGAAGCUAUUCCUGGAGUUCACUAAUGAUGAAGAUUAUUGUAUCAAAAUCACAUCAGAGGAAGGGGCACUAGUUCUUCUUUCCAGUAUGGCAGGGAAUCUGGAUCAUCCUGCCUUGUCAAAUCUUGCAGAUGAACUUUUGAAGAGGCUAGAACAGUUGGAAGAAAAUAUUCAACCAUUGGCAGUACCUAGAAGAUUUGAGCCCCUAGUUACUCGUUUAUGUGAAGGUAUAUACCUAUUAUGCCCUUUUUGGUUGAUUAUAUGUUAAGCAUUUCUCAGAAAAUUGGAGCAGUGGUAUAGAGAUAGAUAUGUGUAACCAUGCUAGAUUCGUUUGUGAACUCUCCAAAUGGAUUAGAAUGCAAGUUCAGUAAGAUAGAUGCAGGUGAACCUAUGAUGGCACGAAUUUACUAACUUACUUGCGCUGCGACCUCUUACUUGAACAGGUUCGGAUGACGUUAAGAUAGAGAUGGAAUCUAUUCUGGGAAGGAUGACUUUAACUGACUCGCUAUGACACAACUCCUAACAAAGGCCAAGUGUAACCAAUGAAAGGGACUGCAGUAUAGUGGCUCAAAUAAUAAAUAUCGAAUCCACGGGUCUCUAGAGUUACUAUUACUCAGCUUCAGUUUCUUAUCUAGCAAACCAGAUUAAGAUGGAAGAACUAAAACUACUCUAACAAACUACAGUUAAAGUU